AUGGGGUUUGUCAACGUUCUACAUAGGAUGUUUGGAGAGGCAGUAAGAAAUGGGAGAUUAUUGCCGUUACUGGUGGGUAGAGAGCAUGUCGAGUUGUCACAUUUACAGUUUGCGGAUGAUACGGUUCUAUUCUGCCCCCCGGAGGAAGAGACUAUAAAGAAUUACAAGAGGAUCCUUCGCUGUUUUGAACUUAUGUCGGGGUUGAGUAUCAACUAUGAUAAGUCUAGCUUGAUUCCUAUUAACUGUGAUGUUCAGUGGGUACAACGUAUGUGCAGUGUACUGGGCUGUAAGGAAGCAUCUCUCCCAGUGAAAUAUUUGGGGAUCCAACUAGGAGCAAAUCCGAGAUUGGUGAAGACUUGGAAGCCCAUCAUAGAAAAAGUGGAGGAGAAGCUGAGCCUCUGGAAAGCUAAGGUACUCAAUAAGGCUGGUAAGCUGGUGCUUAUCAAAUCUGUUUUGAAUAGCCUGCCUGUCUAUUAUUUGAGUUUGUAUAAAAUGCCAAAGGCUGUUGCAGAGAAACUGAUUUCCCUACAGAGAAGGUUCCUAUGGAGUAAAGAGGAUGGUAGGCUUGGUAUGGCCAUGAUCAGGUGGGAGGUGGUACAGGCUCCCAAGAAGCUAGGCGGACUAGGUGUUGGGGAUGCCAUGGUGCGUAACGCAGCCCUCCUAUUUAAGUGGUGGUGGCGUUUCUCAAAGGAGGACUGUCCCUUAUGGAAGAAGGUGGUGUGCUCAUGCAACAAUCUGAAUCCCAGUGUGAUGCUGUCUGCCCAAGUACUACCCACUCGGGGGGGCCAUGGAAGGACAUCUGCCAAAUACAGUUCAAGGAUCAACGAGUAA